AUGAAGUUCUGUUCUACUAUCGCCCUUGCGGCUCUCACGCUUCUCAACACCGUUCGCGGUGAUGCUGUACCAUGGGAGCGUAUCGACAAAGACGACGCACUUCUCCUGAUUCUCGACUUGCAAGUCGGCCUUUUCCAACUCGCUAGAGACUGGGACCCAACCCUCUACAAGCAAAACAUCAUGGCCCACGCAGAGAUUGGCAAGGUCUUCGACAUCCCCGUCAUUCUGAGCACGUCUGCCGACCAAGGUCCCAACGGUCCUUUGCCCAAGGAAAUGUUGGAGAUGUACCCCGACGCGCCUCUCAUCAGGCGUCAGGGCGAGGUCAACGCCUGGGACAACAAGGACUUCAAGGCCGCUAUCCGCGCCGCAAACAAGACCCAAAUCAUCGUCGGCGGCAUCACCACAGACGUCUGCACCACUUUCCUCGCCCUCUCCCUCCGCGCAGAGGGCUACUCCGUUUUCGCCAACGUCGAAGCCAGCGGUACUUACACGGAGCUUGUGCGCGACACAGCAAACGCACGCAUGCAGCAGGCGGGUGUGCAGCUCGUCUCGCUCUUCUCCAUUGUGUGUGAUCUAAUAAGGGACUGGCGCAACACCCCUGGUGCUAAGGAGUUGCUCCCGUACUUGGACAAGUACUUGCCGAAUCACGAGCUAGACUUUGGUGUCCCGCACUUUCAAAAGCUAGCCGAGAAGAGCAACUUCCCUUGGUUGUGCGCAAACGUGCUUGAUCCCGCAUUGGGGAAAGACGUGCCCCUAGGUAGAUCCAAAAAGACAGCCUUGGUCAACAUCAACGGUGUCAAAAUCGGACUAAUCGGGCUUGUCGAGCAGGAGUGGCUUUCUACCGUCAAUGUGCUCCCGCCUGAUCUCAUCUUCCGCUCCGCCUCGGCGACAGCGGAAGCACUGGUGCCCGCACUAAAAGCCCAGGGCGCGGACAUAAUCAUUGCGCUCACACACCAGCGGGAGCCCAACGACAUCAAGUUGGCACAAGAAUGCGUCGGCUUGAUCGACCUAAUCCUGGCGGGCCACGACCACUUCUGCAGUGACAUUCUUGUCAACGGCGUGCGCAUCGUACGUAGCGGCACCGACUUCAUACAGCUAAGUUACAUCGAGGUUCGGAAGAGUAAUUCACGCAAAAUGUCGGGAGGAGAUUAG